CGGACUACAGAGAACGAUCAUGAUGAGGGGUGUUUUCCUGAUUGCAAGCCUUGUGCUGGCUUCAGUGGUGGUUGUUAGCCAUGCAGCGACCUUCAAACGGCAGAAUAUGUUGCUGGUAGCGAACGCGGGCUGCAGCGGUGCGGGAGAGCCGUUCCCCAACCCCGAGGACUGCGGCAGCUUCCUGCAGUGCGAGGCGUCGGGCGUCGCAGCGGUCAAGCAGUGCCCUGCCAACCUGCACUUCAAUGCGGAGCUCAAAGUGUGCGACUACCCGUGGUCCGCCAACUGCAAGGAGGCGGACAGCUCGUCUGCGGACAGUUCUUCUCAAGACGGCGACGAUUCCUCAUCUGAAGAGGCAGACAAGCUCAUUGCUAAAGUCAUUAAGAAAGCAAAUUCAGGCGCAGUAGCAACGAAACCAAAUGCCACUGCUUUUCAUGCCUAAAUUUGCGAUACAUUUCUCCAUACACCAAGUAUGACAAAGGUCUUGAAUGACUGACCUACGUUCAACUAGUUCGCAUUUCUUGCUUUGCGUUAACAGUACACGGAAACGGAACACUGAUAAGUGCAUCGCUCUCAUAAAAAGACAAAAAACUAAAUAAAAUAAAAUAAAAUAAAAAAUAAAAAAAUAAAAAUAUAAAAUUACCCUCGCCGUUCAUUACGACAAGGAUCAUUAAUAUGCGUACUUAAUUGCUGCCUUCUGAAAACCUUUCGACUUUCUGGACAAAUACGUCUGUGAUAAAGGACGAAAAGCUGUGUAUCUCUUACGACUCAAGCUACUUAAAGCGGCUAUUUUAAAUUUUGUUUACUUUUUGACGUAAUGUGCGUUAAGAAAAGCUGCGGAAAAUGCAGCAAAGGAGGAAUAAAAGUUGCGCAUAAAUCUUAACUUCGUUGUUGGCUGCUUACGCUGUUGUCUUUGUCAGAAGCCAAGUAAUUAUGAUAAAACUAUAACUGUUAUUGAUGUGACACAGAUAGGAUUGUUGGUGUGCUUGCUAUAUCAAAAAUGUAAUGUACUAUGUAGUGAUCAGCAAUUAUUGAAAAUAAAUGUAAAAAAACGUAA